AUGGCGACGCAAUACAAGCUGCCUUUUCAGCUCGACAACCCAGAAUUACUGCACUUUGAUUCUUUCGUCAACAACGAAUGGGUGCAAGCGUCCAAAGGGGGUCGAUUCGAGGUCCUUGACCCCGGCACCGGCAUCGCCUGGGCCAGCUGCCCGACCAACACCGUAGAAGACGUCCCCCGAGCCGUCGAGGCCGCCCACGCUGCGUUCGAGAAAUACAAAAAGGUCACUCCUCGCCAGCGCGCGCAGUGGCUCUUGAAAUGGGACACGCUCAUCCGCGAAAACCGCAACGACCUCGCCAAGCUCCUCACCCAUGAGACGGGAAAGCCACUGGCCGAGGCCUACGGAGAGAUCGACUACUCGACCGGCUUCACCUGGUGGUUUGCCGGCGAGGCAGAGAGGAUCCAUGGAGGGAUCUCCGUCCCGGCGGUUCCAGGCCGGCGAGUCUUUACCGUGAAGCAGCCCAUCGGCGUCGCUGCCGCGCUGGUCCCCUGGAAUUUCCCCAUGGCGAUGAUCCUUCGCAAAGCGGGCGCUGCGCUGGCUGCCGGCUGCACAAUGGUUAUCAAGCCCAGCCCCGAGACGCCCAUUACGACACUGGCUCUCAUGCACCUGGCCCAAAAGGCGGGUUUCCCACCGGGCGUGCUCAACGUGCUGACUACUGAUCUUGAAAACACGCCUUCGCUGAGCGAGGCCCUCUGCAAGCAUCCGCUGGUCAAGAAGGUUACUUUCACAGGCUCAACCCGCGUUGGGAAACUCAUCGCCUCGCACUGCGCCGAGGGGCUGAAGAAGGUCACCCUGGAACUGGGCGGAAACUGCCCGUUCAUCGUCUUUGACGACGCCAACCUCGACCAGGCGCUGGACCAGCUCAUGGCGCUGAAGUGGCGACACGCAGGACAGGCAUGCAUCACCGCGAACCGGAUCUACGUGCAAGCCGGCAUCUACGACAAGUUCGCGGAGAUGCUGAAGGAGCGGACGAGCAAGAUCGUCGUGGGCCACGGCGCGGCGGAGGGGACGACCAUGGGCCCGCUGACGACACCGCGAGGAAUCGCCAAAGCGGCAAACCAGGUCGAGGACGCGAAACGGCUCGGGGCAAAAGUCAUCCUGGGCGGCAACGAGAUCAAGGACAAAGGGGGCUACUUCUUCGAGCCCACCAUCAUCACGGACAUGAAGCAGGAGAUGCUGAUCUCCCGCGAGGAGACGUUCGCGCCCAUCGCCGCGCUGUACAAGUUCGAGACGGAGGAGGAGGCGGUCAAGCUGGCUAAUGACACGAGCAUGGGGCUGGCCAGCUAUGCUUUCACCAAGAACAUUGAUCGCAUGUGGCGGAUGCUGGAGAAUCUGGAGGCUGGGAUGAUUGGAAUGAAUACGGGCAACUCUUCGGCCGCCGAAUCGCCAUUUGGUGGAAUCAAGGAAUCUGGUUACGGAAAGGAAAGCGGCAAGGAAGUGGCUGUGAACGAGUACCUGAUUACCAAGACGGGUACCCUGACGUUGGAGGAUCACUACUAA